UCUUUCUCCAUCCCCUCUUCAGCUACUCAGCCAAUUUUUCUUCUUCUUCAUCUUCUUCCCGAACGAAAAGCCAGAAGCUUCAGUCACUGGAGAAUUUCACAAUGAUUUCUGGAGUAAGCGGCGUCGCUUGGAUGGACGAAAACAGAGAAGGAGGCGACUCUACUGCUCCAUCUUCAUGGGCUAACGUGAACGCCAACAUCAGCAUCGACACGAACCAAAACCAGAGCCAUUCUGGUUUUGUCCAGAACAAGGACGAGAUGGGUUCUCUAUGUGCUCUCAAACCCAUGCUUGAAAUCGAUGACGAUUGGUACAUCGCGAACAAUGGUAUCCAAAAUCAACCAGAAAUUAUCAGAGACAUCACUUUCUCUCCCAACUUCGCUGACCAAGAUAGUUUAUUGCUGAACCCAGUAGAUUCCUCAUCUUCGUGUUCCCCAUCUACUACCGUUUUCAACAAUCUCGACCCAUCUCAGGUUCCGUACUUUCUUCCUCCGAAACCCACCUUAUCAUCUCUUCUCAAUGUCAUCCCUAGUAACAACCCUUUAGACCAUGGUUUUGAUGCGGGUUGCGAUGUCGGGUUUCUUGAGCCUCAAGCUUCCAGCUCUAGCCUUCUGCGAGGCUUCACCGAUUUCGGCUCAAAUAACAACCAGAUAAGCCUUCCUAAUUUAUGCUCAGAUCCACAAGUCCCAAUGUCAGAUAUAUCGCAGAUAACCGAAAUCGGUUUUUCGGGUUUUCGGGGUUUCGAGGAAGGUCAUGGAAAACCGCUCUUCCUAAAUAGACCCAAGAUUUUGAGACCCCUUGAAUCAUUACCUCCUUCCGGAGCACAACCCACUCUGUUUCAGAAGAGAGUGGCUUUUCGAAAGAAGCUAGCGAAUAACGAUUCAGAGAGAGACGGAGGAAAGAGUGAAAUUGGAGAGGGGAAUGAGAAGAAGAGGAAGAUGGGUAGUUGGGAAGAAAUAGAAGACGCUAGCCUUGAUGGGUCUGGGUUGAAUUACGACUCCGAUGAGUUGACUGAGAAUACGAGGACGGAUGAGAACGGCAAGAACGGAGGAAGCAGUUCGAAUGUGAACAGUGCGGUGACUGGUGGUGAUGGUGGCGAUAAGAAGGGGAAGAAGAAGGGAAUGCCUGCGAAGAAUUUGAUGGCUGAACGACGUCGUCGGAAGAAGCUCAAUGACAGACUGUAUAUGUUGAGGUCCGUGGUUCCAAAGAUUAGCAAAAUGGACAGGGCUUCAAUCCUUGGGGAUGCGAUUGAGUACCUGAAAGAACUUAUACAAAAGAUCAGUGCCAUCAAUAACGAAUUGGAGUCAACUCCUUCUGGCUCUUCGCUAAGUACUCCUGCCCCCAGCUUUCAUCCUCUGACACCUACUCCGCCUGCAUUACCCAGCCGUAUAAAGGAUGAACUUUGCCCUAGCUCAUUGCCAAGCCCUAAUGGCCAACCUGCAAGGAUUGAGGUUCGGAUGCGCGAAGGAAAAGCUGUAAAUAUUCACAUGUUUUGUGGUCGCAAGCCUGGCCUCUUGCUUUCAACCAUGAAGGCUUUGGACAGCAUUGGGUUAGACAUCCAUCAAGCUGUUAUUAGCUGUUUUAAUGGAUUUGCCAUGGAUAUCUUUCGAGCUGAGCAAUGGAAGGAAGCUGAAGACCUUCUUCAUCCGGAGCAAAUCAAAGCAGUACUGUUGGAGUCAGCUGGCUACCAUGGCGGGAUCUAGGUCAUCUGGGCAAAGAUACAAACUUUUAGUUGAAAAUUUCCUUUCCUUUUCUCCUUUCUCCUUUUUCUUUCUUUUUUUUUUUUAAGAUUAACACCCCCUCCCCGAGUUAGGUUUUUUUUCCCUGGGCAUCAAGUUGCAAUUUCGACUCAGAUACUUGUUAGUUUUUUCUCGCUUCGAAUACAAAUAAACUAUGAAUGGUAUGUAGUCGCAUGUGUUUUAAUUGAAGAAAGAUUUUCAUGUUAUGGAACCAA